AUGGAGCAAGGAAUGAGGCUGUGGUGGCUGAUGAAGGCGGAGUGGCUGAGGAGAGCCUGGCUGCAUGUGAGGAUGGCGAGGGUGUUGAGCAUCUGGCUGCAGAUGAGAGUGGGGCUGGCGGCGAGUCUAGAGCUGCUGGCGGCCUUUGAGGCUGCUCUGGACGUUGAGAUCCCAGACUUGAAGCUGGAGGAUAUUCCGGCGCCUGGAGUCCCUGCCACUGCUGCCGAGAAGCGAGUCGAGCAGGCCAACACUCUGGCAGACAAGCUCCUGGAUGACCCCCAAAAACCGCUGCAUGUCGCCAUCAAGGCCCAACAGGUGGCGCUGCGGCUGGCCCUGGCGGGCGGAGUGCGGCCCGAGGUACUUUCUUCCGCGGCCAUGCUGCUCGCCAACAUGCUCCUGCAUGGCCGACGCUGGGGCGAGGCUAAGGAGGCCACCGCCAUCGCCUAUGCUGCUGCUGGCAGGGCCGAGCGUCCCGCCGCCAAAAGCCAAGCGAUGACCCUCUUUGGGCUGGCCUGGAGCUCCGAGGACAGGCUGGAGGAGGCCGCAGCGGCGUACGUGGCUGCCAUUGGGCUCGCUGAGGAGUCGAUGGAUGUGCUGAACCCAUCCCUGCACCGUGCCAGGCGCGACCUGUCGCAGAUCCUCCUGAAGAUGGGGAGGCAGGACGAGGCCGUGGCGCUCCUGGUCACCUCUGCGCGCCAGCUCUGCGGUCUAGCGGCCGACACCGAGGCACGGACCCUGGCGGCCGGCGUGACGAGGGCCGCCCUGGCGGCCGCGGUGGCGGGCGAGGACGGCUCUGCCGGCAAGACCCGGCCGGCGCAGCAGGACCAGCUGGAGGUGAGGGCGGGUGUGCUGGUGCACAGUGCGCGGCGGUCGGCCAUCAGGAGCCUGUGGGAGGCUGCGGACCUGCUGGCCCCACCCGAGGUCCCCGCCGGCGCGGCUGAGCAGGCCGAGCAGCUACUGCAGGAAGCCAUCCAGGUGGCGGGCGAGGGCUACGGCCGGCAGAGCAUGGUGUUCGUGCAGUGCCUGGAUGCGCUGGCGCGCUUCUCGCGGCGGCAGUCGCGGCUUGAGGAGGCCCUGCUGCUCUACCGCCACCAGCUGGCGAUCCUGGACGGGUUCAGGGCCUACGAGCUGCCCAUGGUCCAGCACCGGGUGCUCUUGCUCAGGGCGUCCGCCGAAGCGCUGGACCAGCUGGGGGAGACCGGCACGGCCGUGGACUACGCCAACCAGGCCCUCCUCCAGGCGCAGGCCUUGGUGAAGGUGGGCAGCGAGCCUCAUCAGCGCGCUGCAGCGGCGGCCCUGGAGCCCCUCUUCACACUCGUUGCAGAGUUGAAGGAGAAGACGGGGGACAAGGAGGGCGCCAAGAAGGCGCGUCGGAGCAUGCUGCAAGCCCGCUUGGAGAAGAAGCUGCCGACGUUCACUUCGCCGGGAAAGAAGGGGCGCAAGGCGACUCGUCAGAACAAGCUCAAGGUUCAGACAUCAUGA